AUGUUUUUUGAGUUGUUGUGUCUUCUGAUUGCACCUAAUGUCGCUGGCCUCACCUUGUUGGACAUUCCCUCGCCCAACUGUCACUUGGUCAAGAACGCUAGACUGGGCCAGUACCUGGACUGCGAUGGACCGCUGAAGGUGGCUAGCGGGCUGAAGGUGGUUUUUGGGUUGGAUUUGCACUUUUAACCCUAAUUUGAUUACGGAGUUUGUAAUAUUUUAGGCGAAAGUGGUCGUGACAGAGGAUUCUGGAGCGUUCGGAGUGUUUCCAGAAGAGCUGAAGGCUGGACAGAGCUUCGGAGUCUACUUGAAGGACAAGCACGACCUCUUCAAACAGGUUUCUGCUUCUUUUAAUGUAAGUACUGUCUUUGAUAGUAAUUUUGGUAUGUUGCACGAGCUAGAUUUACAUUAUAGCUAUGAUACCAUCAUGAAUAGCAUUAAAAUUAUAUCAGUCUUUCCACUAAAGAAUUACACAAAAUCGCAAACCCCAAUCUGGAGAAAUCGCUGUCGCGCCGAGAAUUGAGGGACGUCGCGCGACAUACAGCGAGUCGUGCGACAUUCACUUGCACCCUGCGACAUUGAAAAGGGAAUCACAAUGUCGCAGGGUGCAAAGCUUUGCGACAAACUGUCGCGUCGCGAUUUGAAAGGCGAUGCGACAGCGUGUCGCGGUUUUCGCAACGCUCAAGCCACCACUGUGAUCAGUGAAAGGUUUGCGACAAGAUUUUUUUGAUUGUCGCAAGUCCCCUGACUCCUGCGACAACCGACCAGUGCGACAAUUAGGGGCUUGCACUGUGCAUUCUUUCUCUUAUCGUUUGGGGUUGUGAGCGAGCGCGGGGGGAUCUGCACUGUGCAGUAGAAUAAAAAAGGGCGCGAUUUUCCCAGGGACUGCACUGUGCAGUUGUGAAAUUCUGGUGCUACAGUAGAGAAAGCUCCCAAACCAUUACUUUAAAACACCCAAUUUCUCAUAUAGAGAAGACCCCCAAGACCUGAGAAAUUUGCAUGAAAGUUUGAAUUUCACGAAAGGAAAAUGAUUUUUUUUGCUUUUCAUUCUUCAUUUUUUUUCGUCGAAAACGGCUGUCAAAUUGGACCACGAUUAUUAUCCACGGAUAUACUGGUGACAUACGAUGGUAUCUUGAUCAAGGUGAUACCCUACGCUCAUAUCUUCAAUUUCGUGCUCUUAUAAGGCUUUUUCAUGUCAACCCUUUUGUUCUCUACAACUCUUGGUAACAUUUUCAAAAUAUAAUAAGUUUACGUUACAUGUUUUUGAUUUUAAUUUUGUAGGUAAUUUGUUGGGAAUUAUUGGGAGUGUUAUAUACUCAGUUGGGGGUGCUAUAUACUCAGUUGGGGGUGCUAUAUACUCAGUCGGGGUGCUAUAUACUUAGUUGGGGGUGCUAUAUACUCAGUCGGGGUGCUAUAUACUUAGUUGGGGGUGCUAUAUACUCAGUUGGGGGUGUUAUAUAUCAGUCUUUCCACUAAAGAAUUUGACAAAAUCGCAAACCCCAAUUUGGAGGAAUCGCUGUCGCGCCGAAAAUUGAGGGACGUCGCACGACAUAUAGCGAGUCGUGCGACAUUCGCUUGCAUCUUGCGACUUCCCAAUGGGAAUCGCAGUGUCGCAGGGUGCAAAGCUUGCGACAAACUGUCGCGUCGUAAUUCAAAGGGCGAUGCGACAGCGUGUCGCGAUUGUCGCAACGCUCAAGCCACCACUGUGUUCAAUGGAAGGUUUGCGACAAAAUUUUUUUGACUGUCGCAACUCCCCUGACUCCUGCGACAACCGACUAGUGCGACAAUUGGGUGCUUGCACUGUGCAUUCUUUCUUUCAUCGUUUGGGGUUGCAAGUGAUCGCGGGGGAACCUGCACGGUGCAGUGGGAUAAAAAAGGGCGCGAUUUUCCCAGGGACUGCACCGUGCAAUUGUCAAAUUCUUUAGUGGAAUGACUGAUACUUAGUUUGGGGGUUAUCUAUACUUAGUGGGUCAUUUUGCAUAAUUUUAUAGUACAAAAAAUUGGUCUUAGAAUUUUGAAACAAUUAACUUUUUCUUUUUCACAAUUGAAAAUGAUAUCUUUUUUAAAAAAAUGAAAUGGGUGUUUUAAAGUUUGUAUGGGGGUUUUAAAUACCAUGGGGGUUUUCUCUACUGUGGCCCCGAAAUUCUUUAGUGGAACGACUGAUAAUUCUUACUGUAUCUUUUCAGCUGACAGCUUCAGAUGGCACAAAAACGGAAAAAACAGAAAUCAAGGUCUUAUUCGACGAUCGACCGGUCGAUAUGUUGGAAUUCGACAGUCGCGAGUUCGUAGUUCAUGUUUCGAAUCCGAUCACAGAAGGGAUUCUGAAGAAGUUCAAGGUGCUGAAUUCAGAAUCCACUCAGCCGACCAUGUUCCAGUACGAUCUGGAAGGCGCUUUUAAUGAAUUGUAAGUCCAGUCUAUUGAUAAGUCUACUUAUCAACAAGAUUAUCAACAAUCUCUAAAAUCCUUGCACUGUGCAGUUGUCAAGGGUCUGCACAGUGCAGAGUCUCAAAAUAAGCAGGCAUUGCACCGUGCAGAAAAAUUUGGAAAGAUUGCACUGUGCAAUCUCCACACUUCUUGCACUGUGCGGUUGUUCAAAAGGUCUGCACGGUGCGAUCACUGGCAACAAACUUUCUGUCAAUUGUGAAUGCAAUUAUCGCACUGUGCAGUUUUGUCGCAGAAGUCACUUUAACUGCGACAUCUCUGAGAAUGUUGUCGCAACUUUUUCAAUGAACGCGAUUUGAGGCUGUCCGACCAUCGCGGCACACUCUAGCGUCGCACUUCGAAAUCUUUGCGACAGGUUGUCGCUGAUCAAAUUGCGACAUUUCACUUCAAGAUGUCGCAAAGUGAUGACAGAGUUUGCUGCAGGUGUCGUUGUUUGUCGCACAAUUGCUUUCGUUUUGAAAAGCGACUUUCGAAUUUGAGUUUGCGAUUUCUUUGUUUUUUUUCUGUGAAUUUCGCGACAUCGCAGAUUAAGUCGCACUGUCGCGAAUGUCAGACCCUUUUUUUGAGCUUAGAGGGAUGUUUGCGACAACAUUUUCGUUUGUCGCAAGUCGGAUUGCUUCUGCGACAAGAGUACAGUGCGGGUUUGAGAGACUGCACUGUGCAGUUUGACAAAACAACCUGCACGGUGCAAUUGAUUAGAAGUGGCAGUUGCACGGUGCAAUCUUGUUUAUUGUUUGCACAGUGCAGUUCUAAUUCUUCUUUGCACCGUGCAGAUGUUAAAUUCUUUUUUUGGGGAAACCUACUGGUCGAUUCUUGUUAAUAUUGACUUGUUUUAUGAUAUUUUACUGAAGAUUACAGUAAACUACAGUAUUUUUCAGUUUUUCGAUAGAGCCAGCUGAUCCAGACCUGAUCCUUCUGAGAGCUCGAGGCUGUGACAUGCUUUGUCCAUCGCUGCCUGAGAACUUUCCGUUGAUAUUGCGGAUUACUGACGGUAAUCGACUGCCAUCCAACAUACUGCUCAAUAUCGUCAUGCUAUGGGACACGGCUACAGUAUUCGACUCGAUCAAGGUCAAUUUAAGAGAAAAGUCUUCGAACUUCGAAGAGGUUGUGAGGGCUCACUUUGAUGAUACUGUAACAUUGUCGUACGAACUAGCUGACCACAGUGAUGUGUUCGACAUUGAUUCUAGGUUUGGUAUCUUGACAGUCAAGGUAAGGCGUUUACUUUACUUAGGUUGGGAUGUAAUUGGCAUGAAUAUUACUCAUCUACUAUAAUAUACGUUUUAAUGUUAAUUUAAAUCUUAGAAUUCAACGCUGUUAACAAUCGCCAAGUACGGUAGUCAUAUAGAAUUGACUGUAUUACUGUAUAAAGACGACAACAAGUGGGGUGAGCAGCAUAUUACUGUAGUUUUAGAGCCGGAUAAUCCUGCCAAACUGCAACUGGUAGGUUGAUAACUUAGUUUACAGUAUAGAUAGCAAAAUUUUUUAGGCUUACAGUUAUUUUUGCAAGCACAAGGUUACUGUACGUUCACAUUACUACUGUAUACUUUGUUUUCAGAGCGAUUACCACUUCAAAAUCGAUGGUAAGUCGCGGAUAGUGGGUGAGAUCAGGGUGAAGAACGGCGACAAAGCCGAUUACUUCAUGAACGGCGACGGCAACAACUUUCUUCUGAACCAGAAGAGCGGUAUUCUGGAGUACGGUGGGAGGCAGAGCAGGGACGAUAAGGUCUAUCAGCUACAGGUACGACAAUAUACCUAAUAGAUCCAUAUUAACCUUGUAAUUUACAUUAUUGACACGCCAAACAUAAUAUAUCCAAAAAAGAAUGACAUUUUGAUGAACAUUACACUCAUAUUGCGCCAUUCUUUUUGCAUCAAGCGUAUCUACUUUAAACUAACAUUGUUAUUACUUAAUAUACCUUUACAUUGAUAAUAUUAUUGUAGAUAACAGCCAAGGCCGGAGAUUUUCUAGACACAGCCAUGGCUACAGUAAUCGUGGCUGGACUAGGCUCAGAAUCUCCGAAAUUCAGCGACAAACUAGCUACAAUUACAGUACCCAUAGACCAUAUUACAGCUCUACAGAUCUACCGAUUCGAAGCCGAAGACGCGGAUUCUGAUGCCAACUUGUUCUACAAUAUGACCUCGGUCAGAUGUUACAGUAGCCCAGAGUGCGAAGAGUACUUUACUUUGAAUGAAGAUGGUACUCUACUACUUAAAGGUACUAGUGUACCACUCAGUGUGGUACAAAUAGAAGUCGAAGUUCAGGACUUACAGUAUCCAGCUGAGUCCACUGACAAAAGUAAGUGCUAUAGUAUACUGUAAUGUAGGCUUUAUGCGAUUUGAUGACAAUAUUACAUUGUUUACUGUAACUAGGCUUACUGUAAGUUAUUUUAGAAAAUUUGGUGAUAACAUUCGUCAAAGAUACUAAGAUAACAUAUACUACGAUAAAUACGACUAUGAGUACUGAGAAAGUACAGUACUUUGAAGGAUACAGUAACACAGAUGACGCUUUAAUUGGGCAAGUUGAAGUACAAGAAGGAGCUGAUGUUACCAUACGAAGUGAUGUGGAUAGGUUUACUGUAAACAACAAGGUAGGUUACUGUAUUACUGUAUUCUAUGUCUUUUUGAGUGGUUUUAAUUACAGUAUGACAUAAAGAAGACCUUGGCUACUGUAUUAUAUUUUUGAUAUUACCGUAUGUCUUACACUUUACUUUUAGGGUGAAAUACCAUUAAAAAAGGCAGUAAAUGAACAGAUGUACGGUAGUCCUAUUCCAGCCGUGGUUACUGUAACUCAAAGUGACGUUAAAAAAGAGAUACCGGUAAGAUAAUGUUAUUUUAUAUGGUUACUGUAAUUAUUAUAAAAUUUAAUGCUUACUGUAAUAUCGCAGUACUUUAUAGCCACUUUUACAGUAUAAACUAAAACUACUGUACCUUUCAGGAAGUAAUUAGAAUAAACGUUAAAGAGGUUACUCAUGUUACAGUAACCUCGCCAGAUGUAAAGUUGUUUGAAGAUGCCGAUGUUGACACAUUUGUAGCCGAUCUAGGCACAGAAGCUACUACGGUAAAGCUAGAAUCUUCUUCUACAGCACUUCUCAACGCUCUUACCGUAUCUCAGGGUACUGUAAGAACUAAAGAAUCGUUGUACGGUAUCUCUGGAAUUCACAAACUAAAUGUAAUGGUAGAAGAGGAGGUUGUGGCGACAAUCGUAAUUGAGAUUGUACCUGUUUCACAUUCGAAUCCAUCGUUUUCUGCUCUCAACCCCAUCGUUCUGUAUGAAGUGUGUUACUGUAUAUGUAGAUACUGAUAUAUUUGUUUACUUUGUGCUUAUACCGUACUAGUUAUCUCAUUUCUAAUUCGAUUUCAGGGAGAAAAAGCAAAGAUUAUGGUAGAAUCGACCAGUAAAGAAUCUCCGUUACAGUACUCUGCCAGUAGCGACAGUAUUAAAAUAGACGAGAGUACGGGAGAGACUACUGUACUUGACGUCGACGAUGAUGAGAUUGUAAGUAAUACUAUCAUACCUCGAUACCUUUAGUAACAUCUCUAGUUCUACUUAUAUAUAGAGUUAUAUUACUUUAGGUAACAAUAACAGCGACAGAUGGAAAGCACAAAAUACAGUAUGAAGUGGAGGUGCGGAAGGAAAAGGAUACUGUAACAAAGUCCCUCAAAUGUGUGGAUGACAAGAUCACAUUACAAAUUAGCAAGAAAAUACAGCCGGAUACGGUAUUGGGUACUGUAAAUGUGGAAGGAGCAGAUUACAGUACCAAAUUUACUCUACACGAAUCAUACGGUAUCUUUGAGAUUGACGACGACGGACAGCUGAGUACGGUGAACGAGUACGAUGGGGACAGUAAGGUGUUCGAGUUGAAUGUGGAGGUAUCGAGUACUGACAGUAGAGUAGAAUGUCAGGUCAAUGUUCAGUUUCUGUCAAAGUAAGUUGGGGAUGUUACAGUAGGUACUUAUGCUUUACAUUACUUCUUUACUAGUUAAAAUAACAUUUUACUUCAGGAUCGAACAAACCUUGGAAUUUACACGGCCAAGGCACGAGGUUGUAGUGUACGGUAACAGUAACGUCGGAUCAAAGGUGGUACAAUUAAAUGUCAAAAACUCGUUCGCAGCCAAUGGUCAGUUAUCAAUAUAUAUAUUAUCAGUAAUUAACUGUUACAGUAAAUAUUGUAAAUAUUACUGUAAUUCUAACGAAAUUCUUGCUGUAACAUGUUAAAUUACAGACGUCUUCUACGACAUCAAGAAGACCUACUACGAGAACAGGGAAGUGAUGGAUAAUAUAUUUGAAGUGAACUCUCUGAACGGCGAAGUCAGGAUGGUGAAGAGUGUAGCCAACUACACGAACGGCUACUUCCAACUGCAUGUUAUGGCACGCCGAGGCAAGCAGACGGCUGACACUUCUGUCAUAAUAUGGGUCUGCCGCGAUGACGACAUUUCUAGAAUUGUGGUCAAAAUGCCGCCAAGGACAUUAAGUGCAGAAGUUGUGAUCAAGGCAUUACGGUAAGUCUUAUGUAUCAGUCUUUCCCGAAAAGAAUGUUACAAAACUGCACGGUGCAGUUUGAGGUAAUCGCUGUCGCGCCGAGAAUUGGGCGAUAGCGACAAGGUCUGCGACAAUCGCUUGCAUCUUGCGACAUCCCAAUGGGAAUCGCAAUGUCGCAAUUGCAAAGCUUUGCGAUAAACUGUCGUGUCGCGAUUAGAAUGGCGAUGCGACAGCGUGUCGCUGUGGUCGGACCGCUCAAGCCACUACUGUUUUCAAUGGAAGGCUUGCGACAAGAUUUCUUGGCUGCCGCAAGUCUUCAGGUUUCUGCGACAACCGACCGGCGACACUGAAAAGAUUGCACUGUGCAGCCUUUCCUAACAUCGCUGGCUGUAUCGGGUGAUCGCGCGGGAAAUGUGCACGGUGCAGUGGAAUAAAAAAGGCGCGAUUUUCCCAGGAACUGCACCGUGCAGCUGUAACAUUCUUUAGUGGAAAGACUGAUACUAUUCUUCUACGCUUUGAGGUAAUAUCUCUUAGAAAAGGAAUAUCUUUGCACUUGAUAUUAUUCAUAUAAAUUUUAGAGAUCUGGCUGAAGUGACUGACAGUAAGACAAUAUUAGCUGGCAUCAACUACUACGUUGUCAAUGGAGUACCGCUAAACAAUGGUACUGUUCUGAAGGUACUCUUUGUCAAAGGAAACAGAAUCAUAGCGCCAAACUUGCUAAAGAAGAGGAUAGAGCCACAGUAUGACGUUAUGGUAGGCAGAGUGAAAAAGUAUUUGAUAUUGGUUAUAUAUUAGUUGUAUAUUGAACAAAUUGAAAUUGUAUCUUUACAACUUUAGUACACAUUGCUUUAGAAUCAAGCAGAAAACCGUAUUACAUUUGAACGUGCUUUACUGACCUCAACUCAGCCCUUGGGGAUGAUUGUGGUGAUAUUUCUUUGUGUUUUACUGGUUGGCAUGGCGAUAUUACUCUGUUGCCGAUUUCACUACCAGCACAGGUAACUAAACCACCAUAUCCAGACCCGUUUAGGUACAAAGUGGAGCUGAAACAGUUCCGAAAACUCUCCGACAACAACAUAAUCUCUAACACAAGUACGACCGGCUCUCACCGCCCUCGUGCCAAUACCUCAUCGACCGGGACCGACAUCAUGGAGAAGGUCAGCGUGAAGAGCGACAAGUCAGAAGUGCAACAAGUCUCGAUGCAACUGUAA